AUGCAAUUUCAACUAUCGGAUGAGUUUGUAACCCUAACCGAUUUACAAAGCAGCCGCGGAGGAUUGACUCGUGCUGAAUGGAUUAUGGAGUUCACGUCAGAUCAGAUCUCGGGCCCAGAAGGCAGCAUCGCUUUGAAAAACCGGAAGCAGCCGGCACGAGCCCGGAGACGUGAGCUGGUUACCGACGUUAUGACGUUCUCAUCAUCUGGCUUUCAAGAGUCGCUGAAAGGAGCGAUCGUCGGAAAUGUAAAUGAAAUUGCAUCAAAGUGCGACGUAAGUCGCGUGGGAUCGCCGACGAUGUCAGCGACUGUCGCCGGCAACCAGCAACAGCAACAUCCUCAUCAAGAAUGGGACAUAAACGAUUCGAACGUACCGAGGGUAUUCAUCGUCGGGACGAAUCGUAUCGCGCGAAAUAUAAAUUUUUUUAAAGCAAACGCUUGGAUCAAAAAAUUCAAUGAAAACUUUGUAGAGAUCAAGCCGUAUUCUUACAAUAUCGAAAAUGAAAUUUUACGUCAGGUAGUGGAAUACGAUCCUUGGUGUGAAUGGGCGGAUGGACACGUGAGGAGAGUCUACGGACCGGAUUGCGAGGAAGCGAGAAGACACGCCUCCGGUUGGGCGAUGAGGAACACCAACAAUCAUAACGUGAGCAUCCUUAAGAAGAGUUGUCUAGGCGUUCUGGUGUGCUCUCAGGAGUGCAUACUGCCCGGCGGUGGAAGAGUUCACCUCCGACCGGCGAUUUGCGAUAAGGCGAGGAAGAAACAACAGGGCAAACCAUGCCCUAAUAGGCAGUGCACCGGUCGUUUAGAGAUACUAUCGUGUCGUGGACAUUGCGGUUAUCCCGUGACGCAUUUUUGGCGGCACACGGAGCACGCGAUCUUUUUUCAAGCCAAAGGCCAGCACGAUCAUCCGCGACCGGAAGCCAAGUCCACAUCUGAGGCGAGAAGAAGCGUGGGUGCCGGCAGAAGGGUUAGAGGAUUAGCGGUUCUUUUGGCGAGAGAAGCCGCCCUAGGCUCCAAGUUAAUGUCACUGAGAGGAACUAAAAGGUCGAACACGGACACACUCGAGCAGCCGUCGAGAACAACGCAGCCACCACCAUUAAUCUCUGACAAAGGAUAUUCAUGCUCCUGUCCACCCUUCGAGUGUAUAUGUUCGCUACAAACUACCAUACCGUCUUACCCGCAGUCUCAUCAUCAGACAACGGUAUAUCCCCAACAACUGUCCUCCACAGACGGAUCUUACUGGAUGCAGAACGCUCCGCCGCAGGAGGACACUGUUGGUUAUUGUCUACCGAAUCAAGUUCCUCAGGAGGCUUACAGCGAUUUUCCACGCGAUCCCUUUACGGGGGAUCUCUUUCAACCGGAGGAGAUCUUUCAAUUGGAUCAACCAUUGAGACCGGAUUUUUCUGCAAAUCCCCAGGACAUGGCUCGUUCACCACCAACUCUGCUCGAUCUCGGCAGCGGUACCAUCAAAUACGAAGUAAAGCAACACGAUCAAACCUACUGGAAUCAGUUUCUUAGCGAAGAUUCCAGCAGCAGUCAUUUGAGCCUGUCCCAGGACGAAAGAUUUCAUUUUACCGGCUUCGAAUCUGAGAAAGUUUCCAAUGGAUUUCCUUCUAGAAAAACGAUGCACCAUUACGUUCUGCAAGAAAAGAAUCAAAAUCAAUCUAUGAAUGAUGCUCUGAACUAUCAGAGUUAUUCUAGAUCGCAAAAUCAAAAGAGCUUCAUCGAAGGAAGCGCGAAGGACGAGCACGAACAGUCUUACUGGUCUCAAAAUCAACAAGACAAUAGAUUACAUUUGGAAGGCUUUGAAGUCAAGGAGGAAGACUUAUUGGCCUCACGCAGGGAAGUCGAAUGUUACAAGAACAGUUGUCAAUCCCCGAUUAUAGGUAGAACGGAAUACAAUCUCUACCAGAAGCCGAAGAGCGAGGAUCAACACGAUACGGCGCGACGUAAUUGCAGCUCCGAACAAGAUAAGCCGUAUACCUUUGACGGAUACCACCAUAUGUUCGAGCACGCCGACAGCAAGAACCAAUCGCACAACCGCGUUGUUCAUCAGAACUCGUCCAGAUUAAACUUGGAUGACAGACUUCAAGGCAGUUAUGAUAAUCAGGAGACUCCGGAAAUCGCAGAGAGGCUAUUCCAUAACUCCGGCGUGGCGGAAACGUCUGUCCUCCGUUCUCAAAACAGCCCCGAGACUUUCUUUUAUCCCAGCAACGACCGUUGCCAUUAUACUUGCGAGAUCGUCGAGCGGAUGCCACAGAUGACGAGUACCGGACCAACUCAUGAAACCGUCAAUAAUUACGGCGAUCAGAUUGCCGCUGACUUAGAUCUGCCACCUUUCGUAGAUUACACACUAGUCGGGAUGCUGUGCAGUUCCACAGAUGAGGACACAUCGAGUCUGCUACCUUCGGGAUGUCCUCAAGACUCACAUAGCUACAUUCCUCAUCAUUAGAAUACAGUCCGCCGCCACUAUUCAAUAUAUUAUACAUAUUUGUAUUAUACAAUAAAUAUAUAACAUAGUGUCGCCAGCCUUUCUCUCUUAGAGAUGAUAGACUCGAUCAUUUGCUUCUUGUAACCAAUUUACAUUUGAGAAUAUUUCCUGAAAAUUAUCUUUGAUUAGUCUAAAUGCAAAUUUCGAGGAUUUCAGGGGGAUCAAAAAGCAGAAUCGACGCAAUUUAAAAAGAGGUCACAUGAUUUAUUUGCAACUGAUUUAUUCGCAACAGAUACUCUCACGAUCACAUUGUUAUGUGUAUGUAUUAUGCAAUAUUAUUUUGCUAUUAUAUACCUAUGUGUUACACUUUCUUCAUUACACAUGCGCAAUAUCUCUUUUACUUUUACGAGAGUGUUAUUAUUAUAAAAACGAACGAAACGUAUGCUAACAGAACAAAAACUUGUCCGUGCAAUUAUAGGCUUGCCAGGACAAGAAUUUUAAAUAAUGCAUCGUUGGAAAAAGUGCUAU